CUAAUUGUCCGCGAAAAUAGCUCUAGUAACAAACCAAAACGUCCAGCAUGACAGCUUUUGAAGAGAUGGCAGUGAUGCCUGAAUUAGGCCAAGCUGUAGAGGAAAUGGACUGGAGUCUUCCAACAGAUGUACAGUCAGAAGCCAUUCCCAUGAUUCUUGGAGGAGGUGAUGUUCUGAUGGCUGCAGAAACUGGCAGUGGUAAAACUGGUGCCUUUUGUUUGCCCAUCAUUCAGAUAGUGUAUGAAACAUUGAAAGAUCAACAGGAAGGAAAAGGGGGAAAACUUCUGACCAAGGCACAUGGAGGGGGAGGCAAAUGGAAGAUGAAUGUCUACGACAGAGGUGAUGCUAUGGCUAUUGACCCAGAGGGUAUCCUUUGUCAGGCAAGAGAUCCCCAAGGCUGGCAUGGUACAAGAUCCAACAAGGCUGUUACAGGCAAAGGGAAAUACUACUACGAGGCAGUGGUUACUGAUGAGGGACUCUGCAGGGUAGGAUGGUCCACAGACAAGGCAUCACUUGAUUUAGGUACAGAUAAAUUUGGUUAUGGAUUCGGUGGAACAGGAAAGAAAUCUUAUGGAAGACAGUUUGAUAGUUAUGGAGAGGCCUAUGGUAUGAAUGAUGUGAUUGGCUGUUAUCUUGACCUUGAAAAUGGAGACAUACAAUGGUCCAAAAAUGGAGUUGAUCUUGGAAAAGCAUAUAAUAUACCACAACAUUUAUGUACAGAAAGAUUCUUUGCUGCAGUUGUCCUUAAGAAUGCUGAAAUGAGUUUUAAUUUUGGAGGAAAACCCUUCAAGUUCCCACCACAGAAAGGAACAUAUGUAGGACUAAAUCAAGCUCCACAGAAAGAUAUUAUUGAAUCCAGGAUUAUGGGUUCAGGAGCUGUGAAUGCCAAACCAGCACCCAAUGCACCACAAGCUAUUAUUAUAGAACCAUCCAGAGAAUUAGCAGAACAGACUUUUACACAGAUUCAAAAGUUCAAAGUUCAUUUAUCAAACCCAUCAAUCAGAGAGUUGUUAAUUAUUGGUGGUGUGAAUGUAAAAGAACAAGUUGAUGUGCUUCAGAAAGGGGUAGAUAUUGUAGUUGGUACCCCAGGACGUUUGGAAGAUUUGAUAUCUACAGGCAAACUGACAUUACAUCAAGUUAGAUUCUUUGUUCUAGAUGAGGCAGAUGGACUGUUGUCUUCUGGUUAUGGUGACCUAAUUAACAGAUUACACGGACAGAUUCCCAAGGUCACAAAUGACGGAAAAAGAUUACAGAUGGUUGUUUGUUCCGCAACACUUCAUUCAUUUGAUGUGAAAAAAAUGGCCGAAAGACUUAUGUACUUCCCGACCUGGAUUGAUUUGAAGGGAGCAGAUGCUGUCCCAGAAACUGUCCAUCAUGUGGUUUGCAAUGUAGAUCCAACAAAUGAUCCAAGAUGGAAAAAUUUACAGAAACACGUACAGACAGAUGAAGUUCAUUCAAGAGACAAAGUCAGCGCCAACUCAAACACAGCAGAAACCCUCUCAGAAGCUAUAAAGAUACUGAAGGGAGAAUAUGUUGUUACAGCCAUUGAUGAACACAACAUGGAUGCUGCCAUUAUUUUCUGUAGGACAAAGGUUGAUUGUGAUAACCUUGAAAGAUAUCUUGGAGACAGAGGCAGAGGGAAAUAUAGCUGUGUAUGUCUCCAUGGUGACAGAAAACCACAAGAAAGAAAAGCAAAUUUAGAGAAAUUUAAGCAAAAGAAAGUUCGUUUUUUGAUCUGUACAGAUGUAGCAGCCCGUGGACUGGAUAUAUCAAAGCUUCCUUAUGUAAUUAAUGUGACACUGCCGGAUGAAAAACAGAAUUACAUCCAUAGAAUUGGUCGUGUAGGUAGGGCAGAAAGAAUGGGAUUGGCAAUAUCUCUUGUAGGAACUGUCAAAGAAAAGGUAUGGUAUCAUUCUAAUUGUAACACCAGAGGGAAAGGAUGUUAUAACACAAAUCUGACUGAUUAUGGAGGAUGUUGUAUCUGGUAUGACGAACCAAAGUUACUAUCAGAUAUACAGGAGCACCUUGAUAUAACCAUUGAUUCAGUACAACCGGAUAUGAAAGUGGCUAUUAAUGAAUUUGAUGGUAAAGUAACAUAUGGACAGAGGAGGAAAGUUGGAGGUGGGUCAUACAAAGGUCACAUAGAAACAUUGGCUCCAUCUGUUAAAGAAUUAGCAGAACUAGAAAAGAGAGCUCAGACGUCAUUUAUAGAUCUUAAAUACAGGAAAAAGUUCAUGACUAGAUAAUUGGACAUAUAUUUUUAGAUCCACAGUAAUCGUGAUGUUAACUAGUCCUUAGGUCCUGGGAUUAUGUUUAUAUUAAGCUUUAACAUUUUCAGUUUAAUUAGCCUGACUGUGGAGUUAUUCAGACAUUCAUUGUUGUGCAGUUAAAUAUGAAUGAAAUCCAUUAUUAAUGCUUCUGGUGCAAUUGUUAUGUUAAGAAUAUAAAUAUCUGGGAUUAAAGUAUAAAAAAAUA